CAGCCCUCUUCAUACCAUGGCCUCCUCCCACAAUUUCAAAAUUUCCCGACCGUUGGGAAUUAUAACGUUAUCUAUCUGCGGUCCACCUUCGAAAUACCAGCACCCACGAAAGAAAACCGAGAAAGCGCUUCGAUUCCUCUUCCGCACUCUGGACCAAAACCCUAACUAAAUCUUCUCACGUUAACCACCCUACAAGCCCCUUCUUGUUCCACUGGGAUAUAGGAGAAAGAAGGAAAUAUCCCAUGGCAAGCUAUCCGAACGGAGGAGCAGGAGACGGCGCAGAUGUCAUCCAGAUAGACGAGGCCUAUGAGUUCUGUGCCCCACGGUUCUUUGAUUUUAUAAACGAGGAGACGGAGGAGGAGAUCCGAAGGGCCGAGCGAUGGUUUGAGACCUCCAUCAGCUACGCCCCAUCUCCCUUCAUGCCAAAAAUCAAAGAGGGAAGAUCCAUUAAAAUCGCGACGCUCUGCAACUUUGGAAAUGUUGAUGAAGUCCAGAAGGAACAAGAACCAGCCGAAGUUAGUAAUCAAAGAGAAGAUCCAAUGUUACCAGCAGAUAACACAAUCAGACAUGAGCAGGAGCGAGAUAUUGCUCCAGAAGUUAAAUCAAGGCAACAACAAGAAGAAAAGAAUGGGAAGAAGAACUCCUUUGAGUUUUUUUCUGAGGUUAAGCCUUCUGAAGAUAGCAGUCUCCCUCAACAAGAGAAAAGUUUACCUUCUGAAGAUAGCAGUCUCCCUCAACAAGAGAAAAGUUUACCUGUUGGUGAUAAUCGUAGUGACUCCUUAGCUCCUGUGGAAAAUUUGAGCAAGGAAGACAUCCCUUCUUUUGAGCUCCAUGUUCCUCCUUCAUCAAAUGGGGCCAGAGUUGGAGCUAUUGAAGAUUCUGCACCAAAAUCACAGAAGGUUCCCAUGAAAAUAAUAGCACCGGCUAGGGUAAAGAACCAAGUAACUAUAGAAGCUUGCACUCCCAAAGUACAGAGGGUUUCUGUGAAGGGAGGAGCACCCACCAGCACAAAGAAUUUGACAACUGAAAAUAUAGCAAGUCUGGUUAAAAAGCCAUCUGCUGGAAAGCCUAAAACCAAGUCUUCAAAAUGCACCAAACCAAGGAGUGUAACAAAGUGUCCUGGUAGUGUUAACAUGAAGAAUGCCAUGGCUACUGAUAUUGCUCAAGAAAAUCAAGCCAUAAAGAGGCAAAAGCUGGAUGAUGAAAGAUGUAGACAGAUACUCAAUGUCAAAACCAGAGUGUUGCCCCACAAAUCAAGACCAGGUUUAACAGGUGGCACUGACAUAUUUUCAUCUGGUGCUCGAGGUUGUCAUGAUGACUCAUCACUGCGGAAGGAAGUAACACCAUUCAUAUCUACAGCAGAGUUGGUUAAAAAGUUCCAGUCAAGGACAAGAGACUUAGAUCUCUCUAAGAAUGGAUCACUUUCACAUGACGAUACAGCUUCAAUGGCACAGAGGAGGCUUAGACUUACCUUGACAAGGCCAAAGGAGCCAGCACUUGAGACAGCUUACCGAGUUCGUGCGGUGAGGGUGAAAAGCUCUGCAGAGCUAGAGGAAGAGAUGCUGGCAAAGAUUCCUAAGUUCAAAGCUCGACCUGUAAACAAGAAGAUUCUCGAAGCACCUUCACUCCCUGCCUUGCCCAGAACUGUUCCACAACCACCUGAGUUUCAGGAGUUCCAUUUGAAGACAAUGGAGAGGGCGAAUCAACAUGCUGAAACAUCAUCAACAAUCUCCUCAAUCGAUGCUUCCUCCCUGAGUCAGAGCAAACCCUUGAAACUUACUGCACCUAGGCCACCCCUUCUUGAAACAUCACUAAGAGCACGACCUCCGAACAGAGUCAAAAGUUCUCAGGAAUUGGAACUAGAGGAACUUCAAAAGAUUCCAAAGUUCAAGGCCCGGCCACUUAAUAAAAAGAUACUUGAGAGCAAAGGAGAUAUCGGUUUGUUUUCUAAUCCAAAGCCCCAAAUAACAACCCCUCAGGAAUUCCAUUUUGCAACAAAUGAUAGGUUGGGUCCUCCCGCAACUGUUAUGGAGCUCUUUGACAAGCUCUCACUGCACUCCGAACCUUCUCAACAUGACAAGCAAGUUCCCAGAAUCACAGCACCAAAUCCUUUUCGUCUAAAAACAGAGGAGCGAGGUUUUGAAAAAGAGAGGCAGUUUGCACUGCAGAUAUUACAGAGACAGUGGGAGGAGGAGACGGCUAAAGUUCCAAAGGCUAAUCCAUAUCCAUACACUACAGAUUAUCCAGUGAUACCUCCAAAACCAGAGCCUAAGCAGUGUACAAAGCCCGAGGCUUUUCAAUUAGAGAGCUUAGUAAGGCAUGAAGUGGAGUUGCAGAGGAAGCUGGAAGAGAAGGAAUAUAUGGAAAGAGAAGAGGCACAAAGGCGAAGAUUUAAAGCACAACCUAUCAUGAGAGAUGACCCUGUUCCACUACCAGAAAGAGAGAGGAAGCCUCUUACUGAAGUCCAGGAGUUUGUCUACCAUGCAGAUCAUAGGGCCGUGCAGAGAUCAGAGUUUGAUAAGAAGAUAAAAGAGAAAGAAAUCAUGUGUAAGAGAAUGAGGGAGGAGUAUGAAACUGCAAAAAUGAUUGAAGAAGAGAAAGCAGUGAAACAGUUGAGGAGGACAAUGGUGCCCCAUGCAAGGUCACUUCCAAAGUUCGACGAUCCAUUCCUUCCACAAAAGUCCACAAAGGAAACAACAAAGCCAAAGUCACCGGAGUUGCGUGUGAAUCAAAGAGGAGACAGGCGGCAUGCCUUUCAUAUGAGAUGAUUGCUUGUAAUAUUACUGUUCAAGAUUGCUUGAACCACUACUCUUCUAAUUUGUUGUGCACGAUGUUUAACUGGCUUGUAUUUUUUUUUUUGUAAAAUAGAAAGGGUAAAUUUGGCAUGCUGUUUUUUUUA